UAGCUUCUCUUACCAAACCAAAAAAAAACGCGGAAUUGAAUGCUUCUCUAUUUAAAUAAAAAAAGUCACACACACCUUACUACUACCUUCUUCUUCACCGUACCCAUUCAUUUCUAAGAACAACUCAUCGUUCAGUCGCAUCAGAAUCACAGGUUCAGUGGCUGUGUUGUUGUAAAAUUUUGCCUUUAAUUUGACACUUCAAGUGCUGGUUCAGGAUAUGAUGAAUGGAACUCGGACUGAGUAUUGGGGUGAAAGUUCUGGUUCAACUUCCCAGAGCAGUCAGCAGGAUGUGGAUGAUGACCGAAUGAUUGCUCUUGUGCUGUCAGAAGAGUAUGCCAAAUUAGAUGGAGCAGUUGCUCGUCGCCUUACCAACUUGGAACCGGUUCCUCAUGUUCCCCGAAUAAAUUCCUUUAUCCCCACUGUAAAUGAUGCCAGUAUGGAUCACCAGCGUCUGCUUCAGAGGUUGAAUGUCUAUGGUUUAUGUGAAGUUAAGGUAUCUGGAGAUGGAAAUUGUCAGUUCCGUGCACUUUCCGAUCAGCUGUAUAGGUCACCGGAACACCACAAGUAUGUUCGCAAAGAGAUAGUGAAACAGAUCAAAGAUCACCGUUCCUUAUAUGAAUCCUAUGUACCAAUGAAGUACAAAAAAUACCACAAGAAAAUGGCUAAAUCUGGAGAAUGGGGGGACCAUGUUACGUUACAGGCAGCUGCUGAUAAGUUUGCCGCAAAGAUAUGCCUUCUAACAUCAUUCAGAGAGACUUGCUUCAUUGAAAUUAUGCCAUUGUACCAAGCACCCCAGCGUGAACUGUGGUUGAGCUUUUGGUCCGAGGUUCAUUACAAUUCAUUGUAUGAACUCCGAGAUGCACCAGUCCAGCAUAAACCAAGGAGGAAACACUGGUUGUUCUAGGAGAGGUAGAUAUAAGCAUCAUUGUUCUAAGAUGUAUUGCUGUGUAUACAUUCUGUACCCUUUUUAGGUAAGGAAAAAAUGUCCAUAAAAAUGCCUUUCACUCUUGAGGCUUUGGCAAGUAGACCUCUUAACUUCCAAUUGAGAAUUGACCCUUUCUAAAAUUUGGAAGACAUCUUAAUAGCCACUACAUUCUACUUUUUGUUUGUUAAUUUAUCUUUGCCACUACCUUCACAAUAUUUCAACCACACAUUUAUCCUUGCAUGAUACAAAAUAUCUAAAAGUUUGUCUCCGUUUAUGAACUCGAAGUAGCUAAUGUACAUUCGGUGAAGGCAAACUACAAAAUUGAACGGUGAAAAUUCUAUUUGCCAAAGUAUUAAAGAUGCAGUAGGCUGUGGACAUUUUUUUUUCCUACACAUAAAAGAGGAGGUACCUGGAGGGAGGGAAAGAAUCACGUCUAUGUUUUUUCUGUAUAUUAUUCUUUACAGUAUACUUGUGAUGAUUUUUUUUAAUUAAAUUUAUUAUUUUAUUUUAUUUAUGCCUUUUUUUUUUUCAUGGGGAAAGCAUUCUAUUAUGCUUUGUAUUUUACUUCAUUGCUUUGUAAAGCAGAUCAUGUAUUGAUUUACUGAAUUUUUAAAACAGUCUGAACCUUAAGGAAAUUUUAGAUGAUUUAUUUCCUUUU